GUUCCAGCACCAGAGCAAGUUGAAAAAUGUGGUGUGAGCAAUAUAACGGAAGCCAAACUCGUUGUUUUCCUGACAUCAACAUUUAUUAAGGCCGGAUGUAAUCCCUCUGAUAUUGGUAUCAUUGCACCGUACCGACAGCAGUUAAAGAUCAUCAGUGAUUUAUUGGCACAUUCUUCAGUUGGCAUGGUGGAAGUAAACACAGUAGACAAAUACCAAGGAAGAGACAAAAGUAUUGUCCUUGUGUCUUUUGUUAGAAGUAAUAAGGAUGGAACUCUUGGUGAGCUCUUGAAAGACUGGCGCCGUCUUAACGUUGCUAUAACCAGAGCCAAGCACAAGUUGAUUCUGGUGGGCUGUGUGCCUUCACUCAACCGCUACCCUCCCUUGGAGAAGCUGCUUUGUCAUCUAAACUCGGAAAAACUCAUCAUGGACCUUCCAUCAAGAGAGGAUGAAAGUCUUUGCUACGUCCUGGGUGAUAUUCAAAGAGGAUAAAGAACUGUUUUCUUAGGAAAGGAUUGUCACACUAGCUAGGCCUGGUAUUUGAAAUCUGAGUGUGAGGUGAGGUAUUGGUCCUGCCUUAUAUAGCUGAACCGAAGAGUGCUGAUCCUAUAAGAAG